AUGCACAAGCCCAGCAAGACUCGUUCUAAGACAGGGUGUCGAACGUGUCGCAUUCGCAAGGUAAAAUGUGAUGAAGAGAAGCAGCUGGUCCAUGGCCAGGAAGAGCCGCAAUGUAAACGGUGCACGUCGGCUCGCAUCCGAUGCGAGUGGAAAGGCGGACCGAUUCCUCGAAAACCGAAGCCUUACUCUGCAUCAGGCACUGCACUUUCGACCAAGGACCGCGAAAAAGUCCAACAUGGCGGUGGUGCAGGUACAGCCCUGCAGCAGUCACAUAUCCAAUCGCCAGCCACAUCGCGUAAAGCGAUCUUGAUGCCGGCUCAGGAUAUUGGAAAUGCAAGCUGCGAUAAUCGGGUCCAAGCCGCAAACUCUCUAACCCUAUCUGCAUUUGAUCGGGAUUGUCUCAAAUACCUCCAAAACUCGACAUUGGUCGUAAUCUUAGGCAAGCAUUGGCCCUGGUCUACAGUCUCCUAUGCUUACCACAAAAUUGGGGUCAAGGAACCUAUGGUCAUGAGCAUGAUUCUGGCGAGUACUGCACGCGAGAUUCAUCGAUCGCGACUACAUGACCAAGAGGCCUCGUCCACACCAUCAUCAAGCAAUGAAAAUUGCGAACUGGAUGGCCGCACACACUACGGUCGGGCCUUGUCGAGCCUUCGCCAUGCUCUGAAACAAGAUGUCAAAUCGCCAGAGAAGAUCGAGGCCAUCUUCAUCACUUUGUGGCUCAUGAUCGACUACGAAAAUCGGUUUGGUAGUGGAGCGGCCGCCAUUAACAUCCACAUUCGUGGAAUCGAGAGUCUUCUGCACAACCAUAUCGUACCUUUGCUUCAAGGAUCCGCAGGGAGUUGCCCCAGUCACGGAUCAGGGACAACUUCAACUUCGGCGAUCAUGCUGGGUGACGAAACUUCCAUUAAUCCGCCUGUUGAUAUACGUCCCGCCCCGUCAGACGAAAUAAGUGCCGAAAAGAGUUCCAGCUUUCCUGCAGUCUCAAGUCCUCUAGAUGGACUUCGCUGUACAUCGGUUCCUCUCUUCCUUCUGUGGACCUUAUACUUCUUCACACCCGCAGCGCUCUUCUUUGGACCGGCGACCACUAAACUGGAUACCGAUAUUUACCAGUUUUUCCUGGGGGCGGAAACCGAUAGUCCGGCGCGACUCACGUUGUCGGAACUAUACCGAAUAAGCAGGCAGUCCCCUGCAAGAUUCUGGGGCGAAAAAUAUCCCAUGUCGGCCCAAUUGGAUGACAUGGAGAAUCUUCCCGGGCUCACUCUGUAUCACCGAAGCCAUGUUGCACAGUUCAAGAUCACGGAAUUGUUCAAGCAAGGGGUUGGAGCAGGGACGACACUGGGUGAAGAAACACCUUAUCAGCAAAUCAUCGACGAAAUCAACACAAUAUCCAUGGAAUACGAUACAGUCCUCACAACCGCCCGAGCAGCGCCAUCCUGCGAGGCCGUCGGCGAUCGCAGAGUGAUGGAAACCGUCUACUGGUCCGCCAUUACAUUCUACAGCACGAUCGUCUUCUUCCACCUCUGCUUCCAAGAUAUCCUCAACAAAGCCCCCGCCACAGCAGCCCGCGUCAACCUCAUCUCCCUUCACUCGGCAGUAUCCCAGGUUCUCGAACUCAGCUUAAAGCUGCACCGUAGUCGACCCCGUUUAAUGGUGCGAAUUGCUUGGCCACUUUUCCUUGCUGGAAUUGCGACGCCUGACCGGAUAUACCAGGAUUGGGUUGCGAUUCGACUACGUGAGCUCGGUCGGUAUGGCCAGAACUAUAGUCGGAUUAGCCGGCGCUUCGAUGAGAUAAUCCAGGGUGGUGAAGCUUAUGUUUAUGAGCGCGAAAAUUUGGCAUUGGAUGUUUGA